AUGCGGACUCUGAUCACCACACAGCUCCUGCCUCUGCUGCUCCUGCUGCUGCAGCCACCGCAGUUUCAAAGGGCUUUUAAAUAUUAUGAUUUAUCAGAUACAGAAGCAGAAGAAUUUGAAGAUUAUUUGGAGGAAUUAUUUGCUACAGGGCCUACCAAACCACCUACCAAAGAAGAUUUCCAAAAGACUGUCAUCAUUCAGCCUGGAAGACCAUUAUCUGAUCCGGAGUACUGUAAUGACGAAAUCAAGAUGAAAAAUGUUCACAACAGGUUGUAUUGUAGGAAAGAACAUUUCUUUCUCCAAGUAGCAUAUGAGAAGGUGCAAAAGAUCUGUCACAACAUAUAUGUGCCAUGUAAGAAUGGAGUUAAGAAAUGUCACAGGAGCAAGAAACUAAUAGAAGGAGUGUAUUGCAAUUUAACAGCAGGAGUCAAGAUGUCAUACUGUGAAUAUGAAUCUUUUUACAGGCAAGGAUAUGCCCUUAUCACGUGUCGAUGGCAAAAUGAUAUCCAAGAAAUUAUUCCUGAUCAUGUAAAUGACCUUCAGGUAAUAUCUGACUAGCAGAAAAACAUCAUCCACCAGGAAGGUAUCUUCCCCCCACCAUUCUAGAAGAGUAUUUUCUAAGACGUUAGAGUGGAAGGAUAGAACCCUCUCCAUACUGACCUUAUAGGUCAAAAUUGAGAAUGGUAAUUUUGAUCCCAUUCAUUUUAAUCAUCCGCCUCCCUCCCUUCUUCCCCUGACACCAUGCAAAGGCAACAUGGGCUAGGUUCACAGAUAGUGCACUGAGAUGUGGUUUCAAAGAGGUCAUGUAAUUUAGCACGUUUUGGAUGUGUUAUGAGGAUGAAUGCCUGCAGUGAUAGGCUGACUAGCACCAAGAGGAAUAGGAAAUGGUUGCCUGAAGAGUGUUCU